AUGACAUUUUUACGAACUUAUUCUCGUGCCGCUUUUAGUCUAUCAAAGAUAGCUAAAAAACCUUUAUCAAGUCAUCAAGUAAUUUUACCCAAACAACAAGUUUUUUCGGUUACAAAUACUACCAGAAAUUUGAGGUUUUAUGCUGCAAGACCUAAAAAACUUAAAGAACGUAUUGAAGAAUUAAUCCCCGAAAGGUUAGAAGAGAUCAAAUAUAUCAAGAAAGAACAUGGACCCAAAAGUAUGGGAUCUACUACAGUUGAUAUGGUAUAUGGUGGUAUGAGAGGAAUUAAAGGAUUAGUUUGGGAAGGAUCAGUAUUAGAUCCUGAAGAAGGGAUUAAAUUUCGUGAUUUGUCAAUUGAAGAAUGUCGAGAAAAGCUUCCUAAAGUUGAAAAUGGAUCAGAACCAUUACCAGAAGGAUUAUUUUGGUUAUUGGUUACGGGAGAAAUUCCUACUAAAGAACAAGUAUCAGCACUUUCCGCUGAAUGGGCAGCUAGAUCUGCUAUACCAUCAUUUGUUGAAGAAUUAAUUGAUCGAUGUCCUAAUACUUUACAUCCGAUGUCACAAUUUUCAAUAGCUGUUACGGCGUUACAACAUGAAUCAAGUUUUGCUAAAGAAUAUCAAAAAGGUGUAGAUAAAAAAGAUUAUUGGCAUUAUGUUUAUGAAGAUGCUAUGGAUUUAAUUUCUAAAUUACCAAAUGUGGUGGGAAGAAUUUAUAGAAAUGUUUAUAAAGAUGGGAAAGUUCCAGCAAUUGACGCAGGGAAAGAUUAUUCUUAUAAUUUAGCCAAAGUUUUGGGAUUUGAAUCAAAUGAAAAUUUUGUAGAAUUAUUAAGGCUUUAUCUUACAAUUCAUUCUGAUCACGAAGGAGGAAAUGUUUCUGCUCAUACAAUGAAACUUGUGGGAAGUGCUUUAUCCGAUCCAUAUCUCGCAUUUUCGGCAGCUUUAAAUGGAUUGGCAGGACCAUUACACGGUCUUGCUAAUCAAGAAGUAGUUCGUUGGAUUAUAAAAAUGAAAGAUACAAUUGGUGAAUCUCCAAAUGAUGAAACAGUUAGGGAAUAUGUUCAGAAUACACUUAAACAAGGAAAAGUUAUUCCAGGUUAUGGACACGCCGUUCUUCGUAAAACAGAUCCACGAUACACGGCACAACGAGAUUUUGCUUUAAAACAUUUACCCGAUUAUCCAUUAUUUAAAAUCGUAUCACAAUUGUAUAACAUUGUACCUGAUGUAUUAAGUAAACAGGGUAAAAUCUCUAAUCCUUGGCCAAAUGUUGACGCACAUUCUGGAACAUUAUUACAAUAUUAUGGAUUGGUUGAACAAAAUUAUUAUACCGUAUUAUUUGGUGUAUCGAGAGCUUUAGGUGUUUUGGCUCAAUUAAUUUGGGAUCGCGCAUUAGGUUUUCCAAUUGAACGACCAAAAUCUUAUUCUACAAAGAUGAUCCGUAAAAUGUUUGAAGAAAAGAAAUAA